AUGGAGCAUCCCAGCAGCAAUUCCCGCAAAGAUCCGAUGCCGGCGAAUGACUGCACACCUCCAGUGGCUUCCCGACCGGUUGGAAUGGUUACCAGCAUGCCCCCUGCUGUGCCGGGACAAACACCAAAGGAGAAGAAGUUGACAUUUGCAAACCAACCUCUUCUUCCAAAAUUGCCCAUCCCAGAUCUUGAGAGCUCUUGCAGAAAGUAUCUCGACGCUUUGCGUCCUCUUCAGACCCCGAGUGAACGUGAAGAUACCAAGGCCGCUGUGGAUGAAUUUCUUAGGACAGAUGGUCCUGUACUUCAGGAGAAGCUAAAGAAUUAUGCCUCGUCUCAGACAAGCUACAUAGAGCAGUUCUGGUAUGACUCGUACCUGAACUACGAUAACCCUGUUGUUCUUAACCUCAAUCCAUUCUUCCUGCUGGAAGAUGACCCGACGCCUGCGCGGAAUGACCAGGUGACCAGGGCAGCGUCACUCGUCGUGUCUGCCUUGAACUUUGUUCGGGCUGUCCGUCGCGAGGAACUGCCACCUGACACAGUUAGGGGUACACCACUCUGCAUGUCUCAAUAUUCCCGGUUAUUCGGGACAGCUCGUGUUCCUACCGAGAAUGGAUGUUUCAUCCGCCACGACCCCACUGCGAAGCACAUUGUAGUUCUGUGCCGAGGUCAAUUCUAUUGGUUUGAUGUACUGGACGAUAACAAUGACCUGAUCAUGACCGAGAAAGAUAUUUCGCUCAAUCUCCAGGUUAUCGUCGACGAUGCCCAGCACACUCCAAUCCAAGAGGCUGCAAAAGGCGCAAUCGGCGUACUCAGCACAGAGAACCGCAAAGUGUGGUCUGGUUUGCGAGAUAUCCUGACGAAGGAUGAAGGCUCAAACAAUGCCGAAUGCUUGGACAUUGUCGAUACGGCGCUUUUUGUCCUCUGUCUGGACUACACGGAGCCAUCCACGACGGCACAACUCUGCGCAAAUAUGGUCGGUGGUACUAACGAGGUUGUCAAAGGUGUGCAGUCGGGAACUUGUACCAAUCGAUGGUAUGACAAACUCCAGAUCAUUGUGUGCAAAAACGGCAGUGCCGGCAUCAAUUUUGAGCAUACCGGUGUCGACGGCCACACGGUGCUUCGGUUUGCCAGUGAUAUCUACACAGAUACCAUCCUUCGUUUCGCUCGGUCUAUCAACGGCCAAGCACCUAGUAUGUGGGUGACAUCCAGCCCGGAUCCGUCCAAACGUGACCCCCGAAGCUUCGGCAACGUUAGCACCACGCCUCGGAAACUGGAAUGGGACAUGACGCCGGAGCUCAGCACAGCCCUGCGAUUCGCCGAGUCUCACCUUGCUGACCUCCUGCAGCAGCACGAAUUCGAGGUUCUAGAUUUUGAGGGGUAUGGGAAGAACUUCAUCACAUCCAUGGGACUUUCCCCAGAUGCCUUCGUCCAAAUGGCCCUCCAAGCUGCCUACUACGGGCUCUACGGGCGAGUGGAGAACACAUAUGAACCGGCUAUGACCAAGACUUUCCUUCAUGGUCGAACCGAGGCGAUCAGGUCGGUCACAGAUGAGGCAUUGGAUUUUGUCAAAAUAUUCUGGGGCGACAACCCAGCGGAGCUGAAGGUAGAGGCGCUCAGGAAAGCAACUCAAAGACAUUCCGCCACAACCAAGGAUUGCUCCAAGGGUCAGGGCCAGGAUCGACACCUCUACGCGCUGUAUUGCCUCUGGCAGCGUUCCUUCGAAGAGGGACUUUUCUCCUCAAACAGCAGUGAAGUAACCACUUCAAAUGGCUACUCCUCUAGUCCAGCUGAAAGUGGUGUUGCCUCUAAUCUUACCCCCUCCUUGAAACCUUCCUCGGCCCCUUCUGAUGAUGGAUACCUCUCCAACGGGUCUAACGGCCUUAACGGAGCCCGAAUCGCUACAACUGUUCCGACACCUACCAUUUUCAGCGACUCCGGGUGGGACAAAAUCAAUAACACUAUCCUAUCAACAUCGAACUGCGGCAACCCGUCGCUGCGACACUUUGGUUUUGGGCCAACGUCUGCCGACGGCUUCGGCAUCGGAUAUAUCAUCAAGGAUGAAUCCAUCUCAUUCUGCGCGUCCUCCAAGCACAGACAAACAGGUCGGUUGAUGUAUAGCCUCGAAUCAUACCUUCUGGAGAUCCGGAAACUCCUACGGUCGACCAACCACCGAGUGCGCAGCCCAAGAACUAGCCGGGCGCGUGAGAUGGAACAGCUCGCGGAGCGGUUCCAGACCGAACCCCGUCGAGGACGGAUUGUGUCGCAGCGUGGAACAGAAACACCGACAACAGACAGUGGGGAGUUAGAUGACGAUGGUAUGGGUGGAUAUGGUUUCUUCGAUGCCGGAAUGCUACUGCAUGCUCUCAAGGGAGUAUCGGCCGAACGGGAACGCGGAGAAAAGCCCGCGAAACGGAGAGUUGUGGGGAAGAAAUUACAUUUGACCGACUAUUGA